CUUGGUGGACUCACAGAGCCAUGGGCACCAUAUCUGAGGAAGGAUGUGCUGGAUCGGGAGAGGGUCCAGAGGAGAUCCCAGGGAUGAGUGGGUUAACAUAUGAUGAGCGUUUGUCGGCACUGGGCCUGUACUCGCUGGAGCUUAGAAGAAUGAGGGGGGACCUCAUUGAAAUGUACAGAAUAGUGAAAGGCCUGGAUAAAGUGGAUGUGGAGAGGACGUUUCCAUUAGUGGGAGAGUCUAGGACUAGAGGUCACAGCCUCAGAAUUAAAGGACGUUCUUUUAGGAAGGAGAUGAGGAGAAAUGUCUUUAGUCAGAGGGUGGUGAAUCUGUGGAAUUCUUUGCCACAGAAGGGUUUGGAGGCCAAGUCAGUGGAUAUUUUUAAGGCAGAGAUAGAUAGAUUAUUGAUUUUACUUUGGAGUCACGUGAGUGACUACGUGAAGAAGACCCCUCCGUGCGAAUGCUCGUCAUUUCAUCGUUUGUAUGGUGGUCGCACCGGACUAGCAAGCAUGUCGAACUGCUCGCCACCGAGUAAGUUAAACUAAGAAGGUAAGAUUUCUAUUUCUUACCUUUCUUAGAUUUCGUGCAGGAAACUCUUUUUACAGAGGUUUCCUGCCGGUAUUUCGCAAGGCUGACGAGGGAACCAGUAUAGCUGGAAAUGCGGAACAAAGGGAACCAGGCGGUGAGGAAGUGUUACGAGGCAAAGGUCCCCCCGUUCUACUACAAGCCCCGGGCAGCCGACUGCAGAGUUCUGAAGGAGCAAUGGAUUCGAGCCAAAUAUGCCCAGAAGGAAUUCACCGGAGCCAACAGUCAAUGGCAGGAGUUCAUCGCGUUAGAGCCGGGAGCAGGUGACCGUGUCGGAUGUCUGUGGAAACGGGGCAAGGACAAAGGACGUUUUCGCAGUCGGAUUUUCCACCUCGUGGAGAAAGAGGGAGCACUGCUGUACUACACCAAGGAGGAUGGGAAAGGUCCAAAGGGAGUUAUUCCGUUGUCAAACAUGAACGCUGUGUUCCAGCCGGAGAAGAUAGGGAAUCCACACGGUCUACAGAUCACCUACCUGAAGGACGGCCACACCAGGAAUAUAUUUGUGUACCACAAAAAUGGGAAGGACAUCGUGGAUUGGUUCAACGCUAUCAGGGCUGCUCGGUUCCGCUAUCUCAAGUUGGCGUUCCCCACGGCCAGUGACACCGAUCUCAUUCCCAAAUUAACAUGGAAUUUUGCGAAGGAGGGCUACAUGGAGAAAACUGGUCCCAUGGAAAAGGAACCUUUUAAACGGAGAUGGUUCACCCUGGAUACUCUAGACCGUAAACUGCUGUAUUUUAAAGAUCCGCUGGACGCCUAUGCCCAAGGGGAAGUGUUUAUUGGACACACAGGAUACGGGUAUGAUGUGAAAGCUGGGCUCCCUUCUGGCAUCAAAGGCAACAAGUGGAACUUUGGGCUAACAAUAGUGACCCCAGACAGGAGAUUCCUGCUUACAUGUGAGAACGACCAGGACCUCAAGGAAUGGAUCAAGGCCUUUAAAGAAGUCAUUUCCAAACCCAUGUCUCUUCAGGAUUAUACAGCUGAGGCCACAUUGAGACGAAAACGGAGGCGGUGAUAAUGGAGAUCGUGGGCCCUGGAUCCAGUUCACGCAUUCGAGGAUCAGAAGAUAGCGAUCCAGCUGCAGAUAACUGGCCCUCACUGCUCAGUCGAAUUGCUGCAGGAGUCACUUGAAUAGUUACUCACAGCUGAGCCAAGCUCCUCCAUCUGUGACUGAGUCAGCCAGAACUUGUUUGAAAGCACAACAUGAUCUAAUCUCUGCCUGCACACGAUCUAUAUCCCCUCCAAAUCCAUGUGCCACUAUCGUAUCUGCCUCCACCACCGUCAGAACUUAAAUAGGCGACAUCGGCACUGGAAAUGCGAAGGGAUACAGCAAGAAUCUGGAACAAGGUUUGCAAUCCUGGCAAAUAGCAGCGAAACACAAAGUACUGUUGACAUUUCAGUGACCGCUAUUGUUCCUGGUUCAGGGCAAUGAAACGGAUGGCUCAGUCGUACAAACUGAGUCAUAGUCACACAGCAGAAAAACAGGCCCUGCAGCCCAACUUUGUCCUUGCUAACAUGCUUACUUAGUUUCAAAUCUUUGAUUUGGUGAAUUGGUUAUUUUCCGAGGAAUGAGAUUAAACGUUUCCAACCAGAUGUUUUACAGACUGCAGAGCAUCUUGGACAAUAUAGCUCACCCCCUCCAAGACACACUGGUCAACCAGAGGUGUAUCUUCAGCAGCGGACUGGUUCCACCAAUCUUUGCACAUCCCCAAUCCUUUCCACUUGUCACUUCAAUUUCAUGUUUCAUGUGUUUUAUGACUGUUGGCAGAUCAAUUUCCCUCCUGGGAUAAAUAAACUUCUAUCGUAUCAUAUACAUUAGUUAAAGUUCCUGAUGAAUCUGAGCAAAUUCGCUCCAUUUCAAGCUCAGUCACAGUGAUAAGGGCAUUUCCCGCUGGCAAGAGGCAGUCAAGAAUGUGGUGGUGAAGCAGAUAACAUACGUAACAAAGACAAGUUGUCUAAAGUGGGGGUGAGACCACACCUGGAAUUCCCUAGGGCUGACUUCCAAUAGCUUCAGAUGAUUGGCUGUACCAAAAUGGCUCUCUUAAUGUCAGCAAAACAAAGAAAACCGUGACCAACCUCAGAAAGCGAAGCAGUGCCCACACCCAGGUAUACAUUGACAGUGCCCAGGUAGAGAUGGCCAAAAGCUUCAAGUUCCUAAGAAUAAAUAUCACCAGCAAUUUGUCCUGGACCAGCCACACACAAGAAAGCUCACCGACACCUCUACUUCCUCAGAAGGCAUGGGAAGCUCAGCAUGUCCCCAACAACCUUCACCAACUUCUACAGAUGCGCUGUAGAAAGUAUUUUAUGGAGAUGCCUCAUAGCUUGGUUUGGGAACAGCUCCAUCCAAGACCGCAAUAAAUUGCAGAGUUGUGGACAUAGACCAGACCAUCACGCAAACCAACCUCCCUUCCACUAACUCCAUCUACACUUCACGCUGCCUCGGCAAGACCAGCAGCAUAAUCAAGGACAUCUCAUCCCUCUUCUCUCAGGCUACAGGUACAGUAGUUUGAAAAUGCAUACCCCCAGAUUCAGGGAUCAUUUCUUCCCAGCAGUUAUCAGGCACCCAAACUGUCCUCUCAUCACCUCAAUGGAGACCUUUGAACUAUCUUUCAUCGGACUUUAUUUUGCCCUUAAUCCUUAUCUCUGCAUGGUGGAUGGCAUGACUGUAAUCAUGUAGUGUUUUAUUCGACUGAAGAUGGAAAUGAAAGCUUUUCAUUUUACCGUGGUGCCCAUGACAAUAAUAAACUAGCCUCCAAGGAUUAAUAUUAGGAAGAGAUUGAACAAACCAGGGCCUUGUGGCUGCUAUCCACCACCAAUGCAUAAUCCUUCAUCCAAUGCAUUGUAACACUCAUUAUUGUUAGAAAUAACAAUGAGUGUUACAAUGCAUUGGAUGAAGGAUGCAAUUUCAAAGUAACAAUUUUCAUUGACAGUUUUUCAAAAUAAUGGCAGCCACAGAAAUUAGAUUAGAUUUAUCCAAAUCAAAUGCUUUUCAUCUAUUGUAAUACUGUAAUUAAAGUAGAAUUUAUUCUGUAUCAUUUGACUACGUAUGUUAAGAGUUGGCCAAAAGUAAGUUGCACUAGUAACGCAAUCAUGCUGUUGUGUAAAAGAUGUAUUAAAUAAGUUGACUU